AUGGAGCAGCCCUCGCCAUGGGAGCUGUUCAACAGCUCUUGGACUCUUCACCGUCUCUCGCCUCUCCACCAUCAAAGAGAUUACGUCACCCUCCUCGACAACCCCGCUGCCUUGAAGGUGUACGCGACCCGCCUGCGCGACCAGCUCACUGGCGACGUGCUAGCCGGUCUGCAAGGCAACGCCAUUGAGGAUGACUCGUUGUCAAAGACAGGCGCUCUGACCGAGUGCACAUGGCAGGCCAUCUCGACCAGUCCCACGAACAGAUCUUCGGACCGCGCAUCCUCGUUCCCGGGAAUACUAGUGACGCUCCAAUACGAGAAUAUUACCUAUAGAGCAGCCAUACUUGCAGACCCCGAGUCCGAUACGAUUUCUCCACGAAAGGGCUCGACAUUCCUGCCGCUCCUACUGACGAAACUCCCGAACACCCUGCGCCAGACCUUCAUCUCAUUUCUUUCGGCAAAUUUCGACGCCUACUGCGCCUCGCUUCGCCUCCCUUCAUCAUUCCUUUGCAAGGGCCUAGAGACUUAUAUCGAUGAAUUGUCGGCUUCGCGCCCCCGUUCGGAUAAUAUUGUCGAGGAGGUGGUCAAGGAUUUACAACUCACCCUCGCCUUUUCCACAUCGAUUGCGCCGGCGCUGCGAACUCUGAAUAUAGGCAUUGCCCGUGCAUCAUUGGCGAAUUUCCUGCGCAAUGAGCCCCAGAAGUCAAAGCAGAAACAGAAGCAGCCGCAGCGCAACCCUUUACUCGAGAAUCUCACGGCAUACCUGGACACUCACCUGGCGAUGCAGCUCGAUCUGGAUGGCUCUUCACAGAACUUGGUAGCGCGACAGCAUGUCCGCCUAUCGAAGGUCGCGUGUGCAGCUUUUGUUCUGGGGACUGACGGGAAGAUGAAGUUGGUUGUGGAUACAACUGAUGCGGAUGCUGCGGAGGAUCUUUCAACUAGAGACCAGGCUACAUUACAUGCUAGCGAGGCUUUGCUGCGGGCGGUGAUUCGCAAGGCUGUUAUUGGUGAUCAGGCUAAAACUUGA